CCUGCCUCCUCCAACUUGAUCUGCACCGACCGAGUUUGGCUGAGCCUCCAUUGACACGACGGACUUGACGGACUUUCGUGCAUCCACAUCGCCGCCCAGGAACGCCAACAGAGAUGGAACUAAACAUGCGCAUCUCGGCGUACCUCCCGGCGAUCGUUCGCCGGCGCCUGGAAACCAGUGACAGCGUAGAAGUUCCUGACAUGCAUUGUGCCGAGGUCGUGAGUAUGUUCGCUGACGUGUCGGGGUUCACAGCGCUGACAGAGUCUCUUGCUGCUCGGGGACCGUCGGGCGCAGAAGGACUUGGCAAAUACCUCAACUCGUACUUUGAGCAGCUGCUCAAGCUCAUCUCAAGCGAAGGCGGCGAUGUCUUUAAGUUUGCUGGCGACGCCAUCAUCGUGUUCUGGCUCAUCAACCCGAAAGAAGACACUCCCGAAACUGUCGUCCGACGGUGCAUGCAGUGCGCACUGCGCAUCCAACAGCAUCUUCACCAAGCUAGAUUUGCGCACGAUGUCGUGCUCAGUAUCAAAAUGGGCAUUGGAGUUGGACGUGCGACGAUCGCGCAUCUUGGUGGGGUGUCCGACGGAGCAACAUCCCGCAUGGAGUACGUUGGCAUGGGGCCGGCGCUCAUUCAGGCGUUCGGUGCCGAGCACCACGCGUCUCCAGGGGACGUAAUCUGUUCUGCCGAGUGCUGGGCGCUCGCGUCGUCAUCCUUUGCAGGAGUUUCCGUCGCUGGACAUCACAAUGACGGGUGCGUCCGCGUCACGGACGUGCUGCAUCCCAUUCGGUGUCAGUCCCGCCGGGCAUCGUUCACGCGCGACGACAUGACCCUCCAGCAGCGCAUGCAGCAGUACGUGUCUCGCGCCGUGUGGCCGUACUUGGACGACGCAGAAGAGUUCUGGGGCUCCGAGCUGAGAGAAGUGACCGUUUUGUUCAUCAACUUGGGCUUUGCCGAUGCCGACCUGUCCAAGAUGCUCGACGUCGCGAGUGUUCACAAGCUUCACGCCGCAUUUGUGGCCGUCCAAAAGUGCAUUUUCAACUACGAAGGCACAAUCAACAAGUUUCUAGUUGACGACAAGGGCAGCACGGCGAUCGCUGUGUUUGGCAUGCCCCCCGUGACCCACGAAAACGACCCCAUUCGUGGGAUUCUCGCGUCUCUGGCCAUUUGCGCCGCGUUGACGCCGUUGGGUUUGAAAGCGUCAGUCGGGAUUACGUCCGGCACAGCAUUCUGCGGCGUCGUUGGGCACCAAGGGAACCGCCGCGAAUACACGGUGCUGGGAGACAUUGUGAACUUGGCCGCCAGGCUCAUGCAGCGCGCCAAGUCGGAACACGGAGGUGUGAUCACGGACGAAGCAACCAAGUUGAGCACCGAAGACGUUUUGCACUUUGAAGAGCGACCGCAGAUCAUGGUGAAGGGCAAGCACGACAGCAUUAAGAUCCACCGCCCGUAUCCGCGCAUGUCUACAGUCAUCAAGCACCACUUUGAAAACGUUCCGGCCAACAGCCACCGCACGAUCAACGUGAUGGAAAACAUGCACAGCAUGCAAGUCAAUGCGGCGAAGCGCCGCCUCAGUGCCAAACUGGCAACGCUUGCCACAGCCGACGUGGCCAACCCCCGAGAUAGCGAGGCUAAAAACACCAUCGCGAUUCAAGAGUCGCUUCGGUCGAAACUCGACUUGGUCAAUGUACUGUCUCCCACGGGGGCAUUCUUGCUCGAGGGCGACAUUGGCGUCGGAAAGACGAGACUCAUCCGGUCAACGUUGCUCCACCGAUCCAACGAACUCGCUCCGCAACACCCUCACGAACAAAUUGUGUUUGCCACCGCCACACCGUUCACUCCGGGCAAGGACUAUGUAGUGUUUGCCGAUAUCGUGGCCAAGCUCGUGCCCGUGGGCCAACCAGUCGGGCCGACCGUUGCCGGGUGGAUCGAACAAGGCGUUGCGCCUCAAACUCGGUGGAUGCAGCAUCUGCACGUUUUGAACGACGUCCUGGACGGUGUCGACUUUGAACAACCCUCGGACGUUGCCGACAACCAAGACAACGACACGAAACCCGCUCCCGUGGAAGCAAUGGCCGCGUGGUUUGUCGAGCUGCUUGCCAACGAUUUGUGUGAAAACCAGGCUGUUGACGCCGACCCGACGUCGGUGACGCGAUUCUCCGACACGCGCGAGAGCUUGUGGUGUCCAUGCGAUCUCGACGUUGCCGGCAUGCUAUUGCUGAGUGCGCUCUACGCCGUCACUCGCGACCAUCCCGUCGUUUUGUGCAUUGACAACGCCAUGUACAUGGACGAAAAGUCGUGGAUUUUGACCAUCAGUGUCGCCAAGUACUUUUCCAACUGCUUGGUCGUCGUGUUGUCCCGGCCGCCCAGCGGUGCCACAACUCAACGGACGGCCAGCUGUGCGUUUCGCAAAAAGUUGCGCGCACUCAAAGAACUCCCGACAACGACACACUGCACGAUGGGCCGCAUGACGCCGAUACAGAUCGAGACGCUGGCAACGCACAUCCUCAACAUUCCGGCGCUUCCGACGGACCUGGCCAACUUGCUCGUGUCCCGAAGCCAGGGAAAUCCGCUCUUUCUCCACGAACUCAUCAAAGUGAUGAAGCACCAAGGCGUGCUGUACGUGGACGAGAAGAACCAGCAGUGCGAAACACGCGUCCAGGUGGCGUGGGCCGACAAAGCGAGCGCCGUUGCUUGCUUUGGCUGCCAGACGAAGCUCCCGCCAAAAUCGACCGACCGGCAUCGGUGCAAGGCCUGUGGUUAUGUCUUCUGCGCGACUUGUACACCGAAACAAUGCUUCAAGGUGAUGGCUGGGCAAGGCGAACCGAUGCGCCACUGCAAGAUCUGCUUUGGCAUGACCCGCGGCCGUCGGCCGAGCUUUGAACGAAGCGCGAGCGAGUCGAGGUGUGGCUUAGCGCCGAAUCCAAACGGCAGCAACCUCCUCCAGGCAGCAUCAUCCGCAGCUUCGUCGACGUCCGUGGAUUCGAAGAAAACCAUACAUCGCAAAGCCAAGUCCAUGUUUGUCCACCUGUCCGACCCAUCGACGCCACUGAAGCACCGGUUGGCGCUCGUGCCACCGCCCACCAUCAAGAGCGUCUUGACGACGCUGCUCGAUCAACUCACCGUGUCCCAGUACAUGCUCAUGAAGACUGCGAGCGUCGUCGGGUCCACAUUCGACUUGGACACGGUGAGGGCAGUGUACCCGAUCAAGGGCCACUACCCCAAGCCGUCCAGCACGACAAACUUGCCGCACAAGUCAGACGAGCCCGCGGUUGAGGUCGUGACUGACUCGUCCGACAAGAAAGCGGCUGUGGAUCGCUUUAUGGUCGACAUUCAGUCGCUGGAACGACUGUCGAUGAUCCAGCCUGUGGACGUCUUCAUUGGGGGUCUCAAGGACACGACCCACCCGACCGCCAAGUACGAGUUUUGCCACGGUUUCAUGCAAGACGUGAUUCGAAGUCAAAUGCUGAGCGCGCAAUGCGACAAACUUGCGACGCGGCUUGCCGACUGGCGCGAACAAAAAGCCAAAGCGAUGCGGCAGCAGUUUUUCGCCAAGGCGCAAGGGUCCCUCACCAAUCUGAACCCUCACACCAGUGACCUUGCAGGAAGCACUGCAUCGGCGGUGUCGUCGUGCAACCAGGUGGCUCAUGCACCACCAGUGCGGUGCCACUCGGCGCCCCAUGUGGUGGCGAUCGGGUCGAUCACUGCGCGGUCGUCCGUGGGGAAUCUCCACGUGUCGCAGUCGCUCUCGAUGGUGCUCAAGCUCAAAGCUGGCAUGGUCCACGUUAAGAAACACAAGGGCGUCCUCAGUCACUUUCGGCUUGGCAGCGCGACCAUGUGGAAGCGCCGAUGGGCCGUGUUACACAACACCCGCCUGCUUCUCCAGCACGACAACCACCGCGUCGGUGGCCGGAGCACGAGCAUUCAACUCAAGAACGCCCGUGUGAGCACGUGCGACAUGACCCACGACCCCGCAGGCGUUAAGUACCAUUGCCUGCAAUUGGACGUCCAAGAGUGGUGCCGGAUGCAGCCGCAGGCUCACCCCGAGUCGUUCAGUCCGCGGGUGUUUAUCCUGGGUAUGGAAACCGAGCGCGAGCUCGACUAUUGGAUCUACAUGCUCAAGUACGCAAUCGAGUCACUGAAAGAUCGAUAAAGGAGCGACGGUCGUCGAGGAAGUUCCUCGUCGUAGCAGAGCACUACGUCGAAUGAGGAGCUCGAUGGUUUAAUGAUAGUUCCCAUGCGACGGCGUACUUGACGAAGAUGAAGAGGGACCUGUAAUAACUCGC